UUUUAGUGCAAAUCACAGUUACCAGACUUCCAACUCCCGAGGUCAGGCCCUCUUGCUCGAGAAUGAAUGGUCGAAUCCACCGUUAUCCGUAACCCCCAACCUUCGACAACUGCAUGGACGCUUUGUGCAGUCCAUCUGGCUGGGAUCGCAUCGACAAUUUGACGGAGAAUGCUCAGCAAGCGCCUGCAGCAUGCACGGCUAGGCUGGCACCCUUUGGAGCUUGCUGCAUCCAACACCAAAAACUCGAGAGUCGAGACAGAUCAGAUUCACAAGGAAUCCAGAGAUGGCCGCCCCCCGGGGAUUCGGAGGCCGCUGGCGGUUCCAGCCGUGCUGUGCUGUGCCAUUGCUGCUGCUGCCGCUGCCUCGCCUCUCGCCUCUCGCCUGAACUUUCUGAACUUCCUGAAGAUGCUGUUUUUCUUACCUACUACUCAAGCCACGGAUAUCCUUCACCCCAACGGCCCAAGAUUUGCCCCACGUGCGGCCUCGCAAAGGACGACUGGACGACGAUGCUCCAAACCCAGAUUUUUCCAAGCGCGUCAUGAUCAUGAUCAUGAUCAUCUGCCUCCCCAAACCCCACAGCCCACUAAACUCGAGAAUUAUACGGGUCCUCCAGACUGUAACACAAGAUUGCAAUUUGCAACCCAUCUGUUAUGUCAGAGGAUGUUACUGAUUAUUACACUUUUUCCGGCCGGUAGGUGCAACACAGGGUUACCUCUCACCUUGCCCCUACAUUGCCCCUCCAGAGCCUCCACCAACCAGCGAGUCGCGCUCGCUUUUCUCGAUGUGCCAUCACAGUCGCGGCAUCUGCCAGAAGGACGCCAGUCCAGCGCCUGUAGAGUCAUGCCGUGGACAAGCCAGGGCUAAUGUGCACUGAUCGCGAGCGCAAGCGGCAACACAUAGAGUGCUAUCUCGGAAUAGGGCUGUCUGGCACCAAAGCUCAGCAGUGAGCACCCCCACACCUUCCCACUGACUAUCGUCGAUUGACAACCCGGCGCUC